CCCAACUGACCGCCGGGGCGGUGGCCGGCAUCCUGGAGCACACGGUCAUGUACCCCGUGGACUCGGUCAAGGGGACAGUUGGCGUUGCAAUGAUUCCAUGAGCUUUUCUGUGUGCAUAUAAGGAGCCUUCACUUUGUGGAAAAGGAGCAGAAAAUAUGGAAGUGUUUGCAGUUCUGACCCGAAUGCAGAGUUUGCAGCCGGAUCCCAAAGCCCAGUACAGGAGCGUGUAUGAGGCCCUGAAGAAAAUUAUUCACACGGAAGGCUUCUGGAGACCUCUCCGAGGAAUCAACGUCACCAUGCUGGGGGCCGGCCCUGCCCACGCGAUGUAUUUUGCCUGCUAUGAAAAAAUGAAAAGGACUUUAAGUGACAUUUUUCAACACGGAGGAAAUAGCCACCUGGCCAAUGGGAUUGCUGGGAGCAUGGCCACAUUACUCCAUGAUGCAGUAAUGAAUCCGGCGGAAGUGGUGAAGCAGCGGAUGCAGAUGUACAACUCCCCCUACAAAACCGUUUGGGAGUGCAUCCGAACGGUGCAUAGGACGGAAGGGCCGGGGGCCUUCUACCGGAGUUACACCACCCAGCUCACCAUGAACGUCCCCUUCCAAGCCAUUCACUUCAUCACGUACGAGUUCAUGCAGGAGCAGAUCAACCCGCGCCGAGAAUACAAUCCCCGCACGCACAUCCUCUCGGGCGCCAUUGCCGGGGCCGUGGCUGCCGCUGCCACCACACCCCUUGACGUCUGCAAGACAUUGCUCAACACUCAGGAGAACAUGGCCUUGAGUUCUGUGAACGUCAGCGGGCACCUCUCAGGGAUGGCCAAUGCUUUCAGGACAGUUUAUCAGCUGGGCGGUAUCCCUGGGUAUUUCCGAGGGGUGCAAGCACGUGUCAUUUAUCAGAUGCCUUCCACAGCCAUUGCGUGGUCAGUGUAUGAAUUCUUUAAGUACUUCCUCACAAAGCACAAGCUGGAGAAAAGAGCUCCGUGUUGAAAGACUUGACUAGAGCGAGCCAAAGGUUCGGAGAAUGUUUGUGUAAACUCUGUGGAGCUCUCUCAUGUUGUGAAACAUGCAGGAUUUCUUGUGGAUUCACAAUUGAAUUUCACUUUUCUGUCUUAGGCAGGGAAGGGAAUUAAGUGGUCACUGAAGAAAUUUGGCACCCUUUUUGCUAGAAUCAAAUUGUCUAAAGAUGUUUUAUAAUAUAUUUAUGACUUUAGAGAAGUGAAAUUACUAACUGAUUUCCCCCCUUUAGAUAAGCUCUGUGAUGUGGUGUUACCACUUCACCAGAAAACUUACACUGCACAGGGAGGAAAAAACAAUGUCGUGGGAUCUUUUACGUCAA